AUGGUUGAUUUGCAUACGUAUGUGCCAAUGAUAGAUGCUAUCUUGAGUGCUUCCAAUCCAGACGAAGUCACUCCAAAGAGGAUUAGAAAGGCGCUACAGGAACUAUUUGGUAUCAACCUGGACACGCAUAGGAAAGAGGUUAAUCAAUUAAUUAUUCAGCGGUUCGAGGAAAGCAAGCAAAGGCCUAGAUACCUGAUCACCAAGGAGGAGCUUCGCAGGAAAGAUGAAGCUUUAGCUUCCAAAUUGCAGACCGCUGCCAAGAGAGCCAAGAGUUCAAAGAGCUCUUCAGUAAAAAAGAAGAAGAAGCGAAGCAAUAAUGACGCAAAUAGCAACCCAAACGCUCUAAAUUUACGCAAAGUUAUGAUAUCUGAGCCAUUGAGUGGAUUCUUGGGGGAAACAUCACUACCCCGUACUCAGAUUGUAAAACUGGUUUGGGAUUAUAUCAAAGACCACAAUUUACAGAAUCCCGAUGAUCGUAGAGAAAUUCUAUGCGAUGACAGAAUGAAACCAAUCUUUGGCGAAAAGAUGACCAUGUUCACUUUGAAUAAAAUUCUCUCGAAAUAUCUGUCUAAUUCUGAGGAAAUUGGUGUGAAAAAAUCGCCGUCUUCUCCGGAAGAUAAAUUAAAUUUUCCAGAGGCUAGUGAAGCGACUGAGUAG